UCCUGAGUUUGGGAGGAAUGUCCCCUGGAGGGGUGCCUAGGACAAUACAUGAGGUUAUAAAAACCGAAGUCCAGGGAGGAGCUGGACAGAACAGAGAAGCGAAGAAGAUGGCAGAGAUGUUUAUUCCCAAGGAACCAGGUGAGCCCCCAUUAUGGGGUAAUGGUGGGGAGGGCAGGGCUCCAGGGUCCUGGGGGAGUCCAGAGGAGAGGGAGAUAUUUCAAGGCCAGAGAUCAUCUGAGAGAGACCCUUGGCUGUCGAGGAGCUCAAGAAGUUUGCCAGCUCCCAGCUCUGCCCAUUCUGUAACAGAGUGUCUAACCCGGGCCCCUCUGCAUCUGAUACUGGUCCUCUUCUCUUUGGGUCUCUUCAUGCUCAUGCUGGUCACCCUGAUUCAAGUCUCCAGGAUCCAACAAUCUCUGCCAAGAAAGAUGGAUGACCAGGAGAGCCACAGCCCGGUGGCUGUUUUGCAAUCAGACCUGGAGGAGAUCGUCCAUCAGCUGACCAGGAUGAAUGCCACCCUGACUGGCCUGUGCCGUCACUGCCCCUGGAACUGGGACUUCUUCCAGGGAAGCUGCUAUUUCUUCUCCAAGGUUCAGAGCCCCUGGAAAGCUUCUGUCUCUGCCUGCAAGGACAUGAAGGCCCAGCUGGUGGUCAUUAGCAAUGCUGAGGAGCAGAAAUUCCUGAAAUCUUGGGAUAUCAGAAAGAACAAGGACGCCUGGAUUGGUCUCAGUGAUGAGCACAGUGAAGGGUCCUGGAAAUGGGUGGACAACACCUCCUUACAUAUCAGCUUCUGGAAAGAAGGGGAACCUAACAAUGUUGGAGAUGAAGACUGUGUGGAACUGUCCGGUGAUGGCUGGAAUGACAGCUUAUGUAAUGAAGAACAAUUCUGGAUCUGCGAGAAGCCCUCAGCUCUGUGCCCAGGCCUCUGAGGGCCACUGUCCCCCCCUCUCACCCCUGCCCCCCAUGCAUUCUUCAGGACUGGGCAGUUUGGUCAUGCCCUCUGCUAGUUCGUCUGUGGUCCCACCCACUUCUGAUUUUAUUCCUCCUGAACUAAAGUCUUUGAGAUCUUGAGAUUCUGAGAAUCCUUUCUCCCUCCAAAGGCUUAAUGCCCCAACUCAGCCCCCAUGAUAUCCUCUUAAUAAAGUCACACACUGCAUUAAGCCUGCCAUUGAACUUACUGUGUUCUUUGCCAAUGCUUUAGUUACUACAGUUCUAUAAGAUGGUUGAUUUACACCACGACAUUGUCUUCU